AUGCAUGCCGACCGUGCCGAUGUGCGUAUCGGUGCCCCCGAGGGCGCAGCUGUGCGUAACCUCCACCAUCACCUUUGUGUCUCCCUCCUACUGUUUGGCCGCUGCAUUGUCCACCCUCUCAUCAUGUCCCAGUCAUCCACAAAAGCUGCCUCCGCGCACGAAGAUGGCCCCAUCGAGGUCAAGGACGAUUCCAAGUGGACCGAGGGUGACUUUUCCCUGAUCUCCUCGGAUGGAUGGAGGCUGAAAAUAUGGUCUUAUCACCUCAUAUCGGCCAGCUCUGUGCUACGCGACGCCCACAACUGCGCUACUCCCGGCAGCAGCAUGGAGAUCACCUUCACCGAUACAGAGUUGGAGACCAGGGAAGUCUUGGAUCUCUUUCUCCGCUUCGCCACCGAGCCUGACGCUCCCAACGGCAAAAGCAACUUGCCUGCUUACAUCAACCUUGUAUCGUUCUUGCGCAAGUACGACUGUCCGCGCGUCCUCGGGACCCUGUCCCUUAGCCUGAAGCGAGAGCUCUUGGAAGGCUCCUGGCCCCUUGUGGAUACUUUUGUUCUUGGAUCGAUCCUCGACUGCCCAGAGCUCUGCGCUGCCGCCAUCGACAGACACGCCGAACUUAAUCACCUAGAUACCAGCUCAGAGUUCGACGUUUCUCACAUCCCCGCACCAGUGCUCGACCACCUCCCCCGAGAGCAUAUCGUCGCUCUGUCUGAAGCCAUUCCAGUCCGCGAAUACAGUUGUCCUAACUGUACACACAUGGACCACGAGACGCUGGACGACGCUCCUGAAACAUUCCGGGCCAGUCUCCGCCGUCUCGAACGUGAACGGAAAGUUGCUGAAGAGAAGAAGCGCCCCAACAACGAUGAGCAAACCGACGAGGCUCCUCACUCCAGAAAGCAGAAGACGAAUUGA